AACUUUUGUUUGUAAGUAAUUGACUGAAGAUUAAUAUUUUUUACUGCCUUCGGCUUCAAAAAAACCUAUGAAUUUUUUUGAAAAAUGUCUGCAAUUGGAAUAGAUCUUGGAACGACCAAUUCUUGUGUGGCUGUCUACAGGAAUGAACGGAUUGAAAUUAUAGCGAAUGACCAAGGCAGUCGGGUGACUCCGUCAUGGGUUUCAUUCACAGAUACCGAACGAUUGAUUGGAGCAGCAGCAAAGGAGGAAGCCUCUAUGAAUCACGAAAACACACUAUUUCAUAUAAAACGUUUAAUUGGAAGAAAAUUCAACGAUCCCUCGGUUCAAAAUGAUAUGAAACGUUGGAGUUUUAAAGUAGUUAAUGUAGGAGGACAACCAAAAAUACAGGUAACGUUCAAGGAAGAAACUAAACUAUUCCGCCCAGAACAAAUAAGUGCAAUGAUAUUGACUGAGCUAAAGGAAGCGGCUGAAGCAUACAUGGGAACACAAAUCACUGAAGCCGUGAUUACUGUACCUGCCUACUUUAACGACGCCCAACGAACAGCAACCAGAGAUGCAGGUAGAAUUGCUGGCUUGAACGUUCUGAGAAUGAUCAAUGAACCAACUGCGGCAGCAAUUGCUUAUGGCCUAGAAGUAAAGUUGGAAAAGAAACGCAACGUGCUCAUUUUUGACCUUGGUGGAGGGACUUUUGACGUAACCGUCGUAACCAUUGAGAAUCAAAUAUUUGACGUAAAAGCAACUGGCGGUGACACUCAUCUCGGAGGUGGAGAUUUUGAUAACAGAUUGCUAGAACAUUUCAUCGAAGAGUUCAACACCAAGCACAAAGUUGAUAUUACAAAAAAUAGUCGUGCUGUCAGCAGGUUGAAGGUUGCAUGUGAACCAGCAAAGAUGAAGCUUUCAGUGUCCACCAACGCUAAAGUACAGGUAGAUGGUCUAUACAACGGAUUGGAUUUUAAAAGCAAUAUUACCCGAGCAAAAUUUGAGGAACUAAACUCCGAUUUUUUUGAUAAAACAAUUUCCGUCGUAGAAAAAGUACUUGCUGAUGCGAAAAUGAAGAAAGACGUGAUCGAUGACAUUGUACUUGCUGGGGGAUCAACACGUAUUCCCAAAAUAAGAAGUCUUUUAAAAGAUUUCUUUGGCGGCAAAGAAAUUAGCAGAACUAUUAACCCAGAUGAAGCUGUUGCCUAUGGUGCAGCGGUCCUUGCUGAAAACAUUAGGACCGGUAAAGACAAUACGCAAGAACGGUUCCGGCUUCAAGAUGUGAUACCAUUUUCUAUUGGAACAGACGUUAGGGGAACAGAUAUGCGUGUUAUAAUCCCAAAAAACACGAAAAUACCAACCAAGCAAAUGAAUGUGUUCUCUACAGCUAGCGAUAAUCAAACUGCGGUACUAUUCGGGGUUUUCGAAGGUGAAAAUCCAAAAGUUAAAGACAAUCACCAACUUGGUUCAUUUUUGUUGACCGGAAUUUCACCAAAACCAGCCGGGGAAGCACCUAUAUUGUCCGUUUUUGCAAUUGAUAGUUCCGGUGUAUUACAAGUCAUUGCCUUAGACUUGGCCUCGGGGAAUACAAAGGAUAUAACUAUCACAAACGAUGAUAGGAGACUGGCUGAAAAAGAAAUAAAUGAUAUGAUUGCUGCAGCGGAAAAAAUGAAAGUGGGCGACAACACAGCCAAGGAAAGAGACAGUGCUAUAAACAAGUUAGAAGAAUUAGUCUACAAAGUCAAUCAACUUGUCGAGUCAGAUUCAGCAACUAUAUCUCCUCGAGAAAGAAGAGGCUUGUUGGCAAAAUCAAAAGAAGUGUUUGAUUUUGCUAAAUCAAACGAGAACGCUGAUAUUGGAGUUAUUCGUAAAAAAACUUCAGAACUAGAGACAUAUUUCAACAAAGUACGAGAAUAUUCGGAAUAUUUGAAGUCACCUGAAGGAAUAUUGACAAUACUAGCUGAUGAUAACAAAACUGGCUAUAUUCCAGCGAUUGAUUUUUAGUAAUACGUUUCUUGCAUUAUUUUUCAUUUUAUUAAAUUCAUGUAUACAUUGUAAUUGUUGGACUAACUUAUGUAAAACGAGUAUACAUAUAUAUCCAUUAAAAGCAAAAAUUAAUCAAAAAUAAUAUUGUAAAUACUUAAUAUUUUA